AUGUUUUUAUUGUUUGCCUUAUUUUUCUCACCUCUUCCUUCCUGGGCACAGGUAACCUCAUUUUUGAACAAUUAUCCAGACAAUGCGAUCAAGGACCCUUUGGGGACAACAAACCACCCUGUCACUAUCAGUACCACCUGCAACACAGACAGAUCAAAGAAUUUUUUUCCUGUUCACUCUCCGUUGCCCGGUGGUUCUUCUUCUUUCUCGAGCUCCACUUUUUCCGACAGUUGUGUCAGUUCUUUUGUCGGACUGUCGAACUCACCUGCCAGCAGUUUAAUGUCUGAUCCUGCAGCAGCCUGCUGUACCUCUGUUUGUGAGGCCGGUUCUUUGCCGACUGGUUUGCCUGGUCGUCUGCUGUUCGCAUUGAAGGCUCGAAUGCGCUUGAGGAAAGUAGUCGAUCCGGUCACUGCGUCAAGUAAGCAUCAACGAGGAAAGAAACACAGCCACCCUAAAGCGGUAGGUGAGAAGAAAGUGAAAUACAAAAGUGAACAUGUGCAAGUAGAGGCUGAAGAAGAUGAAAGUGAGAAUAGAACGAAAAAUCAUCCUCUCCUGCCUUCAGUUGACAGUUGCCUUGGUUUCACGAUCCCUCCGUCUGCCUCGACCAGCAUUACGACUACUUUAGGCUCUGUUGCCAACCCCGUUGCGGCCGGUGUCACGGUCUCCUCUGCAAGCGAUCUCGAUCCCGAUCCAGCUGAGUCGAGCCUGAUGAUAGGCCUUUACCGUGUCAGUUCCAUCCAGCCGUUGGUACUAGUCUUUCUUACACUUGAGCAGACGGUUGCCUGGUUGGCCGUACUCAGCAUGUUGGUACAAUUGCAUCAGGCAUGCUAUGCCUUUCCUCAACUCGGUGAGUGUUCUCCUUGGCGUUUAUUAUACCUAAAAAACAGUCCAUCUGAAAUAUACUGUUUCUAUUUAUCAUUUUCACAAUGGGUACAAGCUCUAGAAGCGCUCAUUCUAUAUUUUCGUGAUUAA